AUGAAGAAGAAAAUAAAUAGGGAAAACUGGGAGGAUUGGUGCUUCAUCUGCAAAGAUGGUGGGCGUUUAAUGCUAUGUGACCACGAGGGCUGCUCGAAAGUUUAUCAUCCUAAAUGUGUAGGAAGAAGCAAAUACAUCCUCAAAAUCAGAAAGCGGUGGACUUGUAGGAAGCACUUGUGUUCCCAAGGGAAGAACAAGGAAGGCCUCUGCAAGGAGUGUUUGCAGCUUGUUAGGCUCGCGGAAUCGAACUCAGAAUAUAGAUCAGAUGGAAAGAGAAUAGACUUCGAGGAUAGGGACACAUUUGAAUGCCGAUUCAAGGAGUGUUGGGAAAUCAUAAAAGAAAACGGGGGCUUGACUUUGGAUGAUGUUAAUUUAUUCCCCAAGAAGGCAGAAGCAGAAGAAUUUAUAUUUGAUGACAAUGAUAAUGAUGAUCAUCUACGAUUUCAGAAAUCUAUGUUACCAAAAAGGCUGAAGGUAGAAGCAGAAUUCAUCGGAUGGGGAUCGGAACCUUUGAUCGGGUUCCUCAAAUCCGUUAAGAAAGAUACAAGCAAACAAUUAUCACAGCGUGAGUUGGGAUCUGCAAUCUAUGAGUAUGUCAUCGAGAGACACUUACUUGAGUACACAAAUAAGAAGACAAAGAUCAGAUGUGACUGGAGGCUGAAUAAAUUUUUUAGAAAGGAUGAGGUAGAUGUGGUCGAUGUAUUUAGUUUUCUGGAUCAACAUUUGGAAAAUAUUGAAGAGACCUGUUAUGCAUCUAUAGUAGCUAGUAACAUGAAGCUUAUAUACUUGAGGGGGAGUUUAGUGGAGAAGUUGAUAUUGGAGCAGCCCGAAAGUUGGGAGAGAAAGGUGGUGGGAAGCUUUGUGCGAGUGGAAAAUUAUGAAGGACAUAACUCUUCUGAUCACAAACUCAUACAAGUUAAGGGCACUACUAACAAGAGUGGAGAGACUCUUCUGGAAUUGCUUGGAAGAGAGGAUCCUAUAUCAAUUUCUCUGUUAUCGGAUUGCCACUUCACCGAGGAAGAAUGUGAGGAUUUGCUUUCUAAGGAGACAUACAGUUGCAUAGAUUGA